AUGACAAUGGCAACGACAAAUCUUGCUACUAUGCCAUUAAGUCUGAACGACUUUUCAGAAAUUUUACCUUCAAAUCAAACCAAUAUCGUAGAUUAUCCCUCUCCCUCGCAUAAUCUAACGAGCUUUAAUUUGGGAUCGUACUCUGAUUUACAAAAUUAUUUUGUCUUAAAUAAUGACGAUCCCGUUGAUGCUGCUGCUCAACCACAACAACCAUUGAGCUUUGAUCAUACAUCAGAAUUUGUUAUAAUGACAACAUGUUCUGCUUGUACGUUUUUAAAUGAUUCUAGAUCUAUUAUGUGCGUAUUAUGCCAUAAUCCAUUAUCUCCACAAGAGUUAAACAUUUCUUAUCUCGACGACAACUAUAACGUGCCAUUUUCUCAACCUUAUUCACUUCCCUCCCAACCGCAAAUACAACAGCAGUUACAACACCAAAUACAACAACAACAACAAUCACUACAACCACAUCCACAACUACAACCAAAUGUCCAACAACAAUUGCCAUUUCCUCGACUUCAUUCGCAUCCUUCCCAACCACGAUUACAACGACAGUUAGAACAACAAAUACAACAUUUACAAAUUCAACGACAGUUACGACCACCAACUACACAACAAUUUCAACCACAGUUACAACCACAAUUUCCAAUCCAAUCACAAACACAAGAACAGCUGGGACAACAUUUGCAAAUGCAACAAAAUGUUCAACUGCAAAUGCAACAAAAUUUUCAACUGCAAUUUCAACAACAACAAUUACAAUCACAGAUGCAGCAAUCGCAAGUGCAACAGCCGUUACUACCUAAACGACAACAAUCUCAAUUACGUACAAAUGCACUUCUACGUAUAAAUGCACUACAACGCAUACAAUUACGACAAAAGUUAUCACAACAACGAUUACAACAACAACGAUCAAAACAACAACGAUUACAACAAUUAAAACGAUUACAACAAACAUCACAUCUACAAACACAACCCCAGUCGCAACCACAACCACAAUUAUUAAGUAAUUUUUCAUUUCCGACAUCUAUUCCUUCCACCCCCACAUCCUUUAACGCGUCUGAUCCAACAAAUAAAUGCGUAUUAUCAAAAACUAAAUUAAAAGUUCUUUCCGAGGGAGAUGCAGAAUAUAACCAAAUACGAGAUUAUUUUUUUAUUGGUUUACCUCACGCUAAUAUACAUUCUAUAAUUCAAUUACAAAUGCCUACUAAAUUAAUUAAUGCUCAUGCACAAUAUAAACAUACUUCAUUAUUAAAUCAUUUAUCGACAACACAAGAAGACAAUUUGGAUAAGUUUACAUAUAGAAUGUUUCAUGGUACCAAAAUUAGUUGUAAUCCUAAGCGGCUCAUUAAUGGGCAUAAUAGUUAUUGCAUGUUUAAUUGUGGUAUGUGCGGUAUAAUACAAAAUGGAAAUCAAAGAAAAUAUAGUAGAUUUAAUGGAAGAAUGUGGUUUGCUAAUAAUUCGGCUAUAUCACUGGGAUAUUGUAAUUUAUCAACUUCCAGAACUUUUUUUAAUUGUACACCUUUUGCUUCAAAGAGUUCUUUAUUGGCCAUGUUUGUUGUCGACGUUGUCUCUUAUAAUUCUAGUGAUAUUAUUAUCGUUGAUAAAGAUGAGGCUACGCUACCUAGAUAUUUGAUAUUAUUUGAAAUCGGAUUUUAA